CAGCGUAGGCAGGACAAUUUCAGAUGGGAGGUUGUUCCAUAAGACCAGAGUACUUGGAGAAAAAGGAAAAUUUGUAAUAUUGGAAACUGUAUGGAUUUGUCUAUAGGCUAGUGUAUGUGUGACGAGUCGGUCUCCUUGGUAUCUCAAAAUAUGCUAGAACAGGAAUAGCUACUAGUGAUUGCACAAUUUUGUAAAACAUUAUUAAUUUUGCAUCAGUUCGUCUAUUCUCCAAAGAUCUUUAAACGAAAGAAGACACUAAAUGUGGAAUAGUUGUAGAAUGUCUGGAAUUAUUUUAGUAGAAUCGAGUUGACAUUUGAUGCCUACAACCGAGAAAUUGUAAAAUACGUACAUGACCAGAUAUGGAUGCACAGAUGUUGAACUGGAAACGGCUGAAACAUUUUCUUACGAUUGUCCAAUUUAUGAGCAAUGGUCAUACCGAAGCCAGCUGGAUCUAGUUUUUGCACAGUUUCGUAAUUUCAAUUUACUUGGAUGACUAGACAGUAUGUCACAGCGUAGUACGACACCAGAUUCUGUGCCUGGAAGGAAGAAAACGAAAAAGAAGGGACGUGGGAAAACCCCACACAGUAAAACUGAAAGUGACAAAUUAGAUACCGGUAACAUAUUUUGUAAUCCUUGUAAAAAUGUUUCGGGAAAUCAUAUUUCUGCGGAAAAGUUUUGUGUAAAUUGCUCUGAAUAUUUAUGCAAAUCAUGCAGUGACUAUCACACUAAACUUGCUGCAACUAGAGAACAUGUGUUGCAAGACAAAGAGAGCGUGCCUAAGGAUAAGCCCAAGGUCAAGGAAAGGGCAGAAAAGUGCCAUUCACAUCCUGACAAUGUGAUAGAUUAUUACUGUAGGUCAUGUGACCUAACAGGAUGUCAAGCUUGUAUAACUUUAGAUCAUAAGACAUGCACGAAAGUGGACUAUAUGUCAAGUACAAUAACUGAACUGAAAGACAGCAAGGCGUACAGGGAAUUAAGCACCAAAUUAAAGCUGUUAACAACUGAGCUUAAUUUUACUGGAGAAGCGCUCAAAUGCAAUGAAAACAAGACUGAAUUCUUAAAAGAAACAGCAAGAACAGCAAUAAAAAAGCAAAAAGAUGAAGUUUCAAAAAUUCUUAAUGAUUGGGAACAUGAAAUUUUGGAAGUGAUAGAGAAAAUGGACAAAGAUAAAAAGACGAAACUAAAGUCAGCAUCUGCGCAACACAGUAACUUGAUCUCGGAAGUAAAGUCAUUGACCUCUGACCUUGAAGAGAAAGAACAACGUGGGAACCUGUUAGAGUUCUUCAUUACUAUGAAAAGAGACCACAAUCUUCUUCCAAAACUGUUACAUGACUUUCAAGUUCUGCAGAAAGAAAAUAAAAUACCUAAUUAUGGAUUUGCGCCAUCGAUGCAACUGUGUGAGAAGCUGAAGAAAGCCGAUGCUAUUGGUUCAGUUACACAGUUAUCUGCAGGACAGAAAAGACAACUUACAUUCAGUAAGGCUAUCAACGUGAAGUCAGAACAGGACUGGUAUUCAAAUUGGGUGAGCAGUGUCUGUGUAAUAUCGGAAAACAUUCUUGUUACAGCUGACCAAGGUUUUCUCAAGGUAAUAAACUCCACUACUGGUAAAAUUAUAUUCAUUGUAACGGUUCCAAAACAACCAGCAGGUAUAACAAAAACAGCGGAUAAAGAAAUAGCUGUAACAAUAAAUCAGCAGAAAAAGGUUAUGUUUUUCUCCAUUGCAGAAAAUGGUGCUUUAAGUUUCGAACGAGAAUUUGAGGUGGAUGGGGAAUGCAGGGGCAUAGCACAUACUAGCGGAAAGUUAAUACUGACAUUUGAAAACCCUGGAAAGUUGAAAUUGUUGAUAUGAAAGGAACAGUUUUGAAAUGUUUCAAAGAGGAAAUGGUUGAAUACAAAUUUCUAAAAUACUGUAGCUACGUAGCGGUCAGCAAAACUAAGGACAUAUUUUACGUAUCAAAUAGCAUGGAAGACAGGGUGACCUGCAUGACGCUCGAAGGAAAAGUCAUUGCCUUCUAUAGGGAUGACGAGCUUCGAGAACCAUGGGGUAUGGUAACUGAUGAGAAUGGAUCAGUUUUCGUCUUCUGCGGAAUGUCUUGUAACAUGCAUCAGUUGACAGAGGACUGUACUAAAGUGCAAGUAUUGAGAGAAAGGGGACCCGGACCACCGUGUGCAGUAGACUACUGCAGGAAAAGUAAAAGACUGUAUGUUGCAAGGAUGGCUGGGGAGCAUGUGAAUGAAUAUAUUUUGGAGUAGAACAUAUAUUCUUUCAAUUGGACUAAACAAUAAAUGACAAACUCACAGGCAACAUGGCAUCUGAAUUAUUUCUAUUUGUAAAAGAAGCUUAUUAAUUCUUAAAAACAACGAAAAGAUCAGUCACAUUUAUACUCGAUGACAUACAAUUAGACGUUUUGACGACACUCCUGUAUAAGCUAUUGCUUGGUUAGUUUUAACAAGCCAGCUUAUUUGUUUCUUCCCAUGGAAGAGAUUGACUCAGGCAAUAUUCAAGUCACAAGCAAUGUUGUCCCCGUACCAUUUCCUUUGGUACAGACAUGAUGUCUGUAUUUUUUCUCUUUAUCGUUAUUGGCAGAAGUACAUCACCAUCACCAUCAUCAUCAUCAUCACCACUUUUAUAAUAUCACGUUUAGCAGGAACAGACUUGUCUGGGUAUACAAAUGCAUGCUACUUUUAAUAAGUUUUUUUUUGGCUAGUAUACUUCAAAUGAUCCAUUCCGACAUAUAUUUGAUGAACAUUUUUUGCAUACAUCUUCUUUUAUAUUUUGUGAAUUUUCAUAGCCUAACUUGAUAAACGUGAUAGCUUUAAGUUUAGACUGUUGUACUGCCCUUCCACUUCAGCAGUUCGAAACUUGAGCGCGAAACUAUUGUAAAUGUAGAUCAAUAAAAGAACAUGAUAAUUA